AUGCAAGACGCGCAUACCGUUGUGGACACAGCAGCACACUCACUCACUCGCAUGCUGCAUGGCACGCCAGGAUACCACAUGCCAUCCGGCACACCCAUUUCUCUGCCACAUGCCUCCAGAAUUGCGCCUUGUUCAGCUGUCACAUUGAACGAUGUACCACCUCCCCCCGGUCCUCCGCCUGCCCCCCCUCCUCCGGGCGCUCCCCCUUGCGCUGGCGCUCCUCCGCCAGGCGCCGGCGCAGUGGGUGCAACGGGUGGCGCAACGGGCGGCGCAACGGAUGGCGCAACGGGUGGCGCAACGGGUGGCGCAGCGGGCGGCGCAGCGGGCGGCGCAACGGGUGGCGCAACGGGCGGUGCAACGGGUGGUGCAACGGCAAUGGGUGCGGGUGGUGCAACGGCAAUGGGUGCGGGUGGUGCAACGGCACUGGGUGCGGGUGGUGCAACGGCACUGGGUGCGGGUGGUGCAACGGCACUGGGUGCGGGUGGUGCAACGGGUGGUGCAACGGCAAUGGGUGCGGGCGGUGCAAUGGGUGCAAUGGGUGCGGGUGGUGCAACGGGUGGUGCAACAGGUGGUGCAACGGGUACGUUCCCCAGAGAUACUUUCACCGCUUGUAGAGGCCUGUCCGGCAAACAGACUACUAGUGAGCAGAAGCCACGCGCAGACAACGAGAGCGAGAGGCAGACGAGGAGUUAA